UGGGACGGUGGCGGAGCGCAUUAAUGUCCGCCUGCUUUGAGGGAAGGUGCGUGUCCGCUGUGUCCGCUCGGGCUGCCCCUUCAGGAAUGCGCCGCAUGGCUCAGGCGCCUGUGUUUCUGGAGAGAAAGACGCGUUAGAGACGGAGCCGCGUCUUCGUCGUGUUUUCGUCCGCUGCCGUAGCCGCCCGCGCGCAUCGCAUUAUUAUCAUCAUCAUCAUCAUCGGUGCGCUGAAUAGUCAGCUUAGCCCGCUAGCCCGCUCGGAGUCUCCGCUGUAGCCAUUUAGCGCGCUAGCUUAGCGAUCAUAAGCAGCCGGACAACCAGCUGAAGUGGCCGUCCUAGGCGGCUAGAGAGCCGGCUGUGACUGUAGUGACGGUUACAUCGGGUGGUCUUGUUCCUUAGCUAGCUGGCAAUUGUGAAAUAAAGAAGAGGGAGUGGGUGACACACGUGGGGGCCCGGCCGGGGACAGAAAGACGGAGGCGACGCAGCGGUGAGAGCCAGGGAGCGGCCGAUGAGUUCAGAGCAGGGCGGAGAGCCGUUGCAGGAGGAGGCUGAGCAGCCGGGACCGAAAACCCGCGGUGAGGACGGGACCGGGACUGGGACUAGAACUGGUACCGAGACCGCACCCGGGACCGGCGGAGGAGAUUCGGGCGACAUGGUGACCUCAAAAGGAGCCGGUCUGAAUCCUAAUGCCAAAGUGUGGCAGGAGAUUCCAGCUGCAUCCAGUGAGACUCUUGUGGAUGGCACUGAGGCCUCUCCCUGGUCCCAGCAUAACGUGACUGAGGAGCCUAAUGGAUGUAAACCAUACACGCCUGGGUUCUCUGUGCUUGCGGGCAACGGUAGCUCUGCCACUGCGGAGGGUGUGGUAAACGGCAUGGAGCCCCCUGAUCCAAACUUCACUGUUUGUGAGCCCACCAGUGGAACUAAUGUGGAGUCCAAACUGUCUGAGGAGCAGCCUCUCUCUGCAGAAAGUCUGCGCGAGUCUCUCAAGAAAGAGCUGGAAUUCUGCUUCUCCAGGGAAAACUUAUCAAAGGAUCUUUACCUGAUUUCUCAAAUGGACAGUGACCAGUUUGUCCCGAUUUGGACUAUUGCCAGUAUGGAAGGAAUCAAGAUCCUCACCACUGACAUGGAUCUUAUCUUGGAUGUGUUGAGAUCAUCUCCUAUGGUGCAAGUGGACGAGAAAGGGGAGAAAGUGCGACCGAAUCAUAAACGCUGCAUCAUUAUUCUGCGAGAGGUUCCCGAAACAACCCCUGUUGAGGAAGUGGAAGCUUUAUUCAAGAAUGACAACUGUCCUAAGGUCAUUAGUGUGGAGUUUGCACACAACAAUAACUGGUACAUUACAUUCCAAUCAGAUACGGAUGCUCAACAGGCAUACAAAUAUUUAAGGGAAGAAGUGAAAACAUUUCAGGGAAAACCAAUCAUGGCUAGAAUAAAAGCCAUCAACACCUUCUUUGCGAAGAAUGGCUACCGUAGCCUGGACUGCAAUGUGUACCAACAACAGUCUCAUACGCAGUCUCAGUACAGCUCACCACUCUUUAUGCAGCCUGUCUACAGCCCUCAGCAACAAUAUCCACUGUAUGGCAUUGUACCUCCCACCUGGACUCCAUCUCCAACUCCAUACUUUGAGACUCCCCUGGCACCUUUUCCCAACAGUGGUUUUGUCAAUGGAUUUAGCUCAGCCGGACACUACAAAACUGGUUCUAAUUCUCUCAACAUUGGACGACCCUUCAGCAGAAACCGUGUUCCACUCUAUUCAAGAAAGAAUGUAAUAAAUGCCUUCAGGAACCACGUGAAACCUCAGGCACGGGCUAACGAUGGGCUGACCUCUACUGUCCCCCCUGUGUCUCUGGUGGAUGGGCUCCGCAGUCCACAGCCUCCUUCUAGCAGUGGCCCAGCACUGGGAUCUUCCGAGCUCAGUUCCUCCUUCCCUCACCUGGCCUCCACCGACGUGACUGAAGACAGUACUGGGGCUGGACGUGGACGGAGGACUACAUACAGAGGGACUCGCCGGAGGAGAGAGGAUGAACGCACAACAAGGCCAGUUCCACUUGCUGAAGUGAAGGUUCCACAACCUAAAUUUGACCUGGCUGCCUCCAAUUUUCCUCCUCUGCCUGGUUGCUCUGCCAGUCCACAGGGGGAGCCCAUGCUGGAGAACCGCAUGUCUGAUGUGGUACGGGGUCUGAACAGAGACAAGCAGUCGGACGUAAACAAAGAAUCUGCUGUGAGUCCUGCUGGUCCAGUCUCGGAGGAAACUGUGCCCAGGCCUACUCAACCUGCAAGCAAACCGACUGUUCACCCUGCGGAUCCUGCUACUCACAGCACAAACCCUCAGGAGAAGAAACUGGAGAAAGCUGAGCCUUUGGUCCAUAAAGAGAUGCCUGUAAACCCAAGCCCUACUGCAGCCAUUCCACCAAUCCACACGCAGCCUGCACCUGCCCUCAAGACUCAGCCGAAUCCAGCCAGCCCUGCAGCCUUACAGGCCAACCCUGCUCACUCCAGCACCGCCACACCGGAGCCUCGCAAGCUCAGCUAUGCCGAAGUGUGUCAGCGUCCACCUAAGGAUCCCCCUCCUCCACCUCCUCCUCCUGCUGCUGCCACUUCUGCCCCUGCCAGUGCAGCCUCUCAGCCACUGAGAGAGCUUCGGGUCAACAAGGUGGAAGAGCAGUCCACAAGACCUGCUGAACGACAGGAGCGGCCUCAGGAGCGAGGAGGAGACUGUAAGGCCAGGGAGGGCCGGCUGGCCCGUGACUCCCAGGGCUUCUAUCGCAGCAACGGCCCCCCAAGAGCCAAUACAGGAGGAUUUAAACUACGUGAGCAGCAGAGACGCCCCCCUUUUACCCGACGCACUUCUCCCCAAGGAGGAUCCAGACACACUGGCAAAGAGCAGAACAUCCCCCCUAUAUCGCCAAAGUAAAGACUAAACAAAAUCCUUAAUG